GCCAAGCGGGCUCAGGGCACCGACAAACUUACUGACGAUAGCUCUGAGCUUUGGUAUGGCUCCAUCUCUGUUGGCACCCCUGCCACGACCUUCACCGUCGACUUCGACACUGGCUCGUCCGAUCUUUUCCUCCCCGGGCCCAGCUGCGGCUCCACCUGCUCCGGCCACUCGAAGUACAACCCCUCCUCUUCCUCGACCGCCAAGAGCCUUGGAGAGUCGUUCUCACUCGAAUACGGUGAUGGCUCGACCGUGUCGGGCACCCAGUACACCGACACUGUCUCCAUUGCCGGUCUUACCGUGACUGGUCAAACUCUUGGUGCCGCCAAGACGUACUCGACGGGCUUCGAGUCGUCCCAGUUCCCCGCUGACGGUUUGAUGGGCAUGGCCUUCCAGUCCAUCUCGGACUACAACGCUUCGCCUGUAUUCCAGACUCUCGUCUCGCAGGGCAAGACCACCUCACCCGUCUUCGGCUUCAAGCUCACCUCAUCUGGUGCCGGCUUGACCAUCGGCGGAGUCGACAGCUCGGCGUACACUGGCAAAUUCCAUUACACCGACGUUACCCAAGAGGGUUACUGGCAGGUCACGACCGAUUCGGUCAACGUCGACGACCAGGCAAUCCAGUCUAGCAUCGCCUCGGUUGUGGACAGCGGCACAACGCUCAUUGUCGCACCUACCGACGAUGUCCAGAACUUCUAUGAGCAGAUUGGUGGACAGGAUGCCUCGAGCACUGUCGGCGAGGGCUUCUACACUCUCCCUUGCGACAACUUCCCUUCCGCCUCGGUGUCCAUUGCCGGCACGACCAUCGACAUCUCGUCGACGUUCAACCUCGGUCAAGUCAGUGAAGGUUCGAGCGAUUGUGUUGGUGCCCUCGCUGGUCAAGACACCCCUGACAACCUCUGGAUUCUUGGCGACGUGUUCAUGUCGAACACCUACACUGAGUUCGACUACGGCAACAGCCGUGUUGGCUUCGCCACCCUUGCUUAA